ACGUGUAACCGCCAUUCCCACCGUUCUUUUCCCAAAAAUACCCUCGACGCCAUCGCAGCUGGCGAGCACCUCCACGACCCAGCGCGUGGAGUAACUAUUUGUUUAAUUUUAUAUUUAAACAAAAACGGGUUUAAAUGUCACGGGUGCAGUCGUGCAGAGUAGGCUACUACGACAGUUAGGCUCCAAAAUCUCGCCUAAACUGCUUCCCUGCUAGCGCAGCCCCACACGCACACGCUCUCUUUUUAUCUCUCUGCCCCGUAACGGUCAUAUUUCCGAUCGCCUUCACAACGCUCUAAAUAAAAAACCCUCUCAGUCUCUGUAUUUCUCAAAUCUCACACUCUCUUCUAACUCAUUGAUCUCUCUGCUGUCUCCUUGUCUCAGUUUUGAUUCUUUCAAAUUAGGGCUUGUGGAGUGGAUUUUUUGAAGGAUGAGAUUUCAAAGGAUUUGUUGGGGAAGUAUAAGAUGGUAGCUGCUGUGUCCACUACGCCAUUCAACAACAAAAUCGCAUCCCAAGGAAGGCGUCCUCAAAACCCUACAAGACCUCCUCUGUUACCGUCCGAACCCGACAAUGCUCUUGCUGCUACUCGUCGUUCCAAAGCCCGAGAAGUCACUUCUCGUUACAUGUCCUCUUCCUCCUCCUCCUCUUCUACCUCUUCAUCAUCUUCUUCUACCGGUUCUAGACGAUGUCCGUCGCCGCAAGUUUCCAAGACUCCCACUCCAACGGCUACCAUGACCCCGAGGCCUGCGGCUUUACCGGUUACCAAGCGUACACAAUCUGCCGAGAGGAGGCGGCCGGUGACUCCCCGGACUAAUUCAUUGGACUUGAGGGGUUGUAAUGGAGUUGGUGGUGCUGGUGAGAUGUCUGCGGUUCAGAAGCUGCUCUUCGCUUCGACAAGGAGCUUAUCGGUUUCGUUUCAAGGUGAGUCGUUCGCAUUCCAAGUCAGCAAGGUGAAGCGUCCACCGUCGCCGUCGCCGUCGCCGUCGCCGUCGCCUAGUGUGAGGAAGAGUACGCCUGAGAGGAGGAAGGUGACGACGCCAGCGAGAGGAGAUCAGAGCGAGAAUUUGAAACCGAUGGAGCAGCAGCAGCGGUGGCCAGGGAGGUUGCGGCAAGCGAAUUGUAUGAACCAGAGCUUGGAUUGUACAGAUGAGAGAAGGAGCGGUAGUGGAUCUGGAGGCAAUGUAGUAAGGGCAUUGCAAAAAUACAUGGCCGAGGACGGCGAUCAUAUCGAUGGAAAAUUGAGCUCUGCUUUAGGCAGUGCAGAAUUGGAGAAGGCCGUUGUCGAUAGCAAUUCGUCUGUUCGCUCUGAUGUACAGUCCGAGCCCGUUGCUUUUUCUGAUUCGGAAAGUGUGUCUUCCGGCAGUAGUACAACAACGGGAGCCCAAGAAUUUGCCGGUGGUGGCGGGAAUGGCGGUUUAGGGCUGCGAGGAGGGCCGAGAGGAAUCAUAGUGCCGGCAAGGUUUUGGCAGGAGGCGAAGAACCGGUUGCAGCGGCAGCCGGAGCCAGGGUCACCGUUGUCUAGGAAUGGAGUGAAGUCUUUGUCCACCUCAGGGCUCGUUUCGUCUCCACGAGGGGUUUUGAAUACGAGGGCACAGUCAUCUCCUAUGCGUAGUGGGGUUGUUCGCCCUGCAUCGCCAAAUAAAUCGUCUGCUGCAACAUUCACAAUAUCAUCCCCAUCGAGGGGAAUCAGUCCAUCUCGAGUGAGGAAUGGAGUAGUGGCGGCUAGUAGUUUGAACAACGCACCAUCGAUUUUAAGCUUUGCUGCUGAUCUUAGAAGAGGGAAAGGUGGGGAGAACCGGAUACAUGAUGCAUAUAUACUUAGGAUAUUAUAUAACAGGCUUUUGCAAUGGAGAUUCGUCAAUGCUAGAGCUGAUGCUUCACUCUCAGUACAGAAAUUAAAUGCAGAGAGAAGCCUCUAUAAUGCUUGGAUAACGACAUCAAAACUUCGGGAAUCUGUCAGAACCAAAAGAACAGAAUUAGAUUCACUGAGACAAAGUUUAAAGCUAACUGCCAUCCUCAAAGGGCAGAUGAUAUAUUUGGAAGAGUGGUCUCAUAUGGAUCGUGAUUACUCUAGUUCUUUGUUAGGGGCCAUUGAAGCUUUGAGGGCUAGUACUCUCCGCCUUCCAGUGGUUGGUGGGGCAAGGGCAGAUGUCCAGAAUGUGAAGGAUGCUAUUUGCACGGCAGUUGAUGUGAUGCAGGCAAUGGCAUCAUCAAUAUACACUUUGUCAUCUAAGGCUGGGGAAGUGAACUCCGUGGUGGCUGAACUUGCAAAUGUAACUGCAGUGGAGCAAAUUUUGCUUGGUCAAUGCAAAGAUCUAUUGUCAACAGUUGCAGCCUUGCAAGUGAAGGAAUGUAGCUUCAGAACACAUAUUAUACAACUAAAACGUAUACCUUCAAGCCUGACAACCAAAGUGUAAACCUCAUUAGAAAUGCCAUUUUAAAAUCUAACAUCACCUGAAAUAUCUGUCUUUAUUAUUAUUAUUAUUUUUUUUGGUUCCUAUUUUUUCCUUGGAUUUGUGUGCCAGGGAUAAUAAGGAGAAUUCAUUGGUUGGUUGUGUCUUAUAGAAACAGAAGAGUGCUUAUUUUGACCUUUGUAUUGAGACAAGUGGAAGUAAGAUGUAUGAUUUGUAAUUUACAUGCAUAGGUGUUAGGGAAUCGUUGUUGUCAAUAACAAAUUAGAUUGUAUACUUGUACUUUGUUCAUAGGACAGAACAAUUCCUAUGAACAACACAUGUAAUGUAAAUAUGUCUAAAGGUGUUUUCAAUCUUAUAUAAUUCUACGGUUAUGAUUUAUUGAAAAUUAA